CCCAAAUCCCAGAGGUGGGGGCUUUUCUGGAGCUUGCAGCUGCAUCGAGAUGUGCAGAGCUGCAUGCACUUAUGCCAGGGGCAUCUGUUUCCCCCCACACUGCCAUGCUGUGCCCGUGCUCUGUGCCCGUCUGGUGGGUGCAGCCCAGCCUGGCUGUGAGGAGAGGUGCUGGGUGCCACCACCAUGCUCUCCAUGCCCUCUUCAUGCAUGGCAGUGGCAGCAGGGAGAGGCUUUUGAGGUGCCCCUAUUUGGGGAGGUCAGGGGUGGGGAUUCUCUCACAAACACUAUCAAAUGUUGGCUGCUUUCCAUGUCUGGGAGCUGCACACCUGUGGGACAGCACUGGAGAGCAAGGUCUGGCCACCCCAGUGAUCUCAGAUCCUCAUUCCUUCCUGGCAGGCCGACAUCGAGCAGCUGGACCCCCGAGGACGCACUCCCCUGCACCUGGCCACCACGCUGGGCCACCUUGAGUGUGCCAGGGUGCUGCUGAAGCAUGGUGCCGACGUGGGCAAGGAGAACCGCAGCGGAUGGACAGUCCUGCAGGAGGCUGUGAGCACCCGUGACCUGGAGCUGGUGCAGCUGGUCCUGCGCUACCGUGACUACCAGAGAGCCAUCAAGCGCCUGGCCGGGAUCCCUGUCCUGCUGGAGAAGCUGCGCAAGGCCCAGGACUUCUACGUGGAGAUGAAGUGGGAGUUCACCAGCUGGGUGCCCCUGGUGUCCAAGAUCUGCCCCAGCGACACCUACAAGGUGUGGAAGAGUGGCCAGAACCUGCGGGUGGACACCACACUGCUGGGCUUCGACCACAUGACCUGGCAGCGGGGCAACCGCAGCUUUGUCUUUCGGGGACAAGACAGCAGUGCGGUGGUGAUGGAGAUUGACCAUGACAGGCGGGUGGUCUACUCAGAGACGCUGGCCCUGGCUGGCCACGACCAGGAGGUGCUGCUGGCUGCUGUGCAGCCCACCGAGGAGCAGGUGAUGGGGCGGCUGACGGCCCCCGUCGUCACUACCCAGCUCGACACCAAGAACAUCGCCUUCGAGAGGAACAAGUCCGGGAUCCUGGGCUGGAGGAGCGAGAAGACAGAAAUGGUGAAUGGGUAUGAGGCCAAGGUCUAUGGUGCUUCCAACGUGGAGCUGAUCACACGGACACGGACCGAGCACCUCUCAGACCAGCACAAGGGCAAGAGCAAAGGCUGUAAGACCCCCCUGCAAUCCUUCCUGGGCAUCGCUGAGCAGCACGUGGGGCCCAACAAUGGGACACUGAUCACGCAGACACUGAGCCACGCCAACCCCACCGCCAUCACCCCUGAGGAGUACUUCAACCCCAACUUUGAGCUGGGCAACCGGGACAUGGGACGGCCCAUGGAGCUCACCACCAAGACACAGAAGUUCAAGGCGAAGCUGUGGCUGUGUGAGGACCACCCGCUGUCCCUCUGCGAGCAGGUUGCCCCCAUCAUCGACCUCAUGGCAAUAAGCAACGCGCUCUUCGCCAAACUGCGGGAUUUCAUCACCCUGCGCCUCCCGCCCGGCUUCCCUGUCAAGAUCGAAAUCCCCAUCUUCCAUAUCCUCAACGCCCGAAUAACCUUCGGCAACCUCAAUGGGUGUGACGAGCCUGUCAGCUCCCUGCGGCACAGCCCCAGCAGCGAGGCACCCUCACCCAGCAGCGACUCCUCCAGUGUCAGCAGCUCCAGCUCCCUGACCUCGUGCCGAGCGUGUGAGAUGGACCCGGCGCUGUUCGAGGUGCCGCAGGGGUACAGUGUGGUGGGCACCCACCAGGACGCCCUGCGGGAGGACGAGGAUGACCUGCUGCAGUUUGCCAUCCAGCAGAGCCUGCUGGAAGCGGGCAGCGAGUAUGACCAGGUGACCAUUUGGGAAGCACUGACCAACAGCAAGCCGGGCACGCACCCCAUGUCGCACGAGGGCCGCCGGGGAGACAGGUUGGACUCCCCAGCACACGGCAUCCCCGCAUCCCCCCGUGGCCCCGUCGCCGGGGGGUGGUGGGGGGCCCAGGGCCCUGUUCCCCAGCUACGCCGAGCAGCUGCGCCUGGCCAUGGCGCUGUCGGCGCGGGAGCAGGAGGAAGCGGAGCGCCGGACGCGCCAGGAGGAGGAGGAUCUGCAGCGGAUCCUGCAGCUCUCGCUGACGGAGAAGUGACCCCGCACCCCCACUGAGCCCCUCGCCCACCCCACUGGGGAUGGGGAUGCGGCCGGGGCCGUGUCUGCAGGCACGGGAGGGGAGUGCUGUGGGGGUACCCAGUCCAAAAACUGCGGAGGGCAAAUGGGAAAGGGGGGAGCAGGAUUUGGCCCUGGGAGAACGUCCCCAGAGCUGGGGCAGUAUUGGGGUGAGGUGGGGGCACCCCACAGCAGCACAGGGUGGGGGUGGAUGUUAACCCUGCACCUGGGGCGGCAGGGACCAGGGAGGGCAACUCCACGGACUGUACCCCUUCUCCAGGAGAGCCCUGCUCCCCCAGCCGCCCUACGGGGUGCUGCUCAGCCCCUCACCCCAGGAAGGCGGUGGGAGGCACCUCCUGCCCCACAUGGGUGGGUUGCCAGUUGCGUGGGGUCCUGGGGUGCCCCCAGAGCCAGGGGGCUCUGCCCAGUUCUCUCUUCCCCCCCCUGCCCAGGCGCUACCAAGUGCACUUACCCAGGAGCUGCUCUGCCUGCCAGCAGGGGUGGGGGCUCAGCACUAUGGUACCCCACAGCCAGCGAGGGGCUGCACAGCCGCCCCCCAUGGCACGGGGACUGCUGGGGCAGCUGAAGGGGUGCCUGUGAAGGGCGCUCCGGUGUCACCCCCCUUAACCCUGCUCGCACCCCUCCACCCUGCUCGGAUGCCCCACCUUGGCAGCGCUGCACCCCCUCGUCCCGGGCACUGACCCCGAGAGAAACCUUACGUCAAAUGGUGCUAACCCCGGCCCCCUGCCCCG